AUGAAUUCGGAACUUAUUAAUUUGUUUCAACAAACUGAUUAUGCAAUUGUUACAGUAUCUUCAACAGAGAACAUCGAGAAAAUCUUUAAGAACGUGCUACAGUUUAUUCAAGAUAAUCUCGAAGGUGAAGACGAAGCACAAUUUAAUCAAGCAAAAUAUCAGUAUCAUUUAAAAAAGUCUAAAUAUUUAUUAUCAAUAGGAAAACAAGCAGAGUCGAAAAGGGAAGAAAAUCUUUCUAUACGAUAUAAAUCUAAGCUACAGGCUGUACAACAGUCACUAACGACCGACAGUGUUACAGUUCAACCUAUAGAAUCGGAAAUUUUCGGUGAUUCAAUCCAUUCACAACAUUCAGCUCUUUCCUAUGCUACAAUCGCAGUUCGGGAAUGCUCUACAAAAUUAAAACAAGUGUGUUUACUUUAUCCCAAUAUGGAAUCAGUUAUGACUAAUAUAGAAGCUUUAACUGAUAAAUUUAUUGUUGAUAAAAUCCAAUCAUAUGAAGAUUAUAACGUUGUCGACGCUGCAGCAUCGCAUAUGCGCCUAAUUUUAAUUGAACUUAAAAACCAAAUAACAACAACGACAUCUACAGUUUAUCAGCAAACAAUAACAUCGGACCACGUAAGUAACAAUACGAACUCAAAAAUUGCUUGUCUUGCGGGAGCUUUUUGUAUCGCUGUUGAUAAAUGUCUUGUUGAAUAUCGUCGAACUCUCUGCCAUUUUGUUUUAUCACAAAGAAGUAAUAUCAUGAAAAUUCUCUUUUCUAAUGUUCCCGUUACACAAGAGCGUAUCAAUUCUCAUGCGAGAAAAUUAUCUCUCGUAUUUCAUCCAGAUAAAGCUGAAGAAGGUGAUAAAAUUGAUUUUCGUGAAGCGUUCGAUUGUAUUGCUCUUUGUAAACAAAAAUUGUUAGAUGAAUUAACACAAAAUGGUAGUAUAAGCGAUUACGAACUUGUGACUCGUCAUCAGGUUGAAGGAAAAAGAUUGUGGACAGUUGCGAGAGAUUAUAGUCGAGCGAGAAAUGGAUCAUGGAACACGUUAGUUCACUUACGUGGAGAUGGUUUGAAAAGUCAUACAGAUCAAGAUUUGCAGCAGCAUCAGAUAUCUCAUGCUUUACUUGCAUAUGAACAAUAUCGAGCGGCAGCUAUUACUUUAGGUAAUGGUGGGACAGUCGAAGAACGUUGUGAGAUGAGACGCAUGAUGGCUAUAUCUCUUUAUACAGGAGAACAACUAUUACAAGCUCAAAUCUAUACGAUAGCAGCGAUGCAUAUUUUAGUGCAAAACACUGGACGCGCUGAAGCCGAAAAACUCAAUGAAUUGCAGCGAUUAUUAGAAAAAAUCCGCAGUCCAAAGUUUUCAAGUCGGACAGCGUCAAAAGAUUUGACGACGGUCAUUCCUCCUGCGUCACAAUCGUCAAACUCACGUGAACUUGUGAGUGUCAAUGUUGGAAGAUUCUCUGCACUUCAAGUGCAAGCCUAUAUAAAAAAUGAGCUUCGAGAUGUUGUACUUCAACAAUGUUUAGUGACAUGUCGAGAAAAACAAGUUAAAACAUCCGAGGAGUUAAUACUAACAGCAAAACGUAAAGCUGGUCUGCACAGAACGGCAGGUGUAGCAUUGCAAGCCGGCAGUGUUGUAACGGCCGGAGGAAUGGUGUUAGCUGGGUUUAAUAAUACCAUCACUGCAAUAGUUGCUGGAUCUGUAUUAGGUCCUCCAGGUGUUAUUCUUGCGAUAGGUACAGGUGUAGGAUUAGUAAUUGGCAGUUUGAUUUUGGGACGAAAUAUAUUUAGUACAGGCAGCGCUCUCUUACAGGAACCAACCACGCGAGAAAAACUGAAUAACAAAUUAAGUCUGGCUCUUAAACAUUAUAAAGCGCAAUCGUAUGGUGCUUUUUUAGACGAAUUAGCUACUGAUUAUCUUCCUGACUGUAGUUUAGUUCGAAUUGAGCAAGAUGGUAAAACAAUACGUAUAGACUUAAAUCCACAAGAAAUCAUACAGAAGCUUUUGAAGCAUGAAUUUCGACCAGAUGGUAUCGCUUAUCUAUUGAAUUUAAUAGGCGAAGCCUUACUCAAUAAACCAGCAUUGAUGCAUAAAACGAAAGAUUUUUCUUCUCUACGUCAGCCACUAUUUUCGACUAUGAAUGAACUAGCAAUCAAAUGUUUUUCAGAAGUUUUUUCGGAAAAUUCUUCUCUGCUAGAUCGAGCCAAAGAAUUAGAUCGUCAAGUAAAAAAGAAAUCUCUGGAAGAUGACGAAAUUAAGUUUUAUACAAGAAUCAAAGAAAGUAUUGCCUCCCAAUAUUCAUCGUAUGUUUAUUCUAUACCACAAGAAUAUUUUGCUGAUGCGCUUCGAACGCCUUAUACUACACGUCUUCGAGAAUUAGGUGACAUAGCGCGAUUAAAUUUUGCUAUUGUCAAUAUUAUUAUUGGAGGUACAGAUAAUUUUGAACAAAGUCAAGAAGCUGUAUUGGAAGUAAAACGUCAACAAGCACUAACAGCACACAAUCAAUUCUUUAUGAUAUCGAAUACUUUGAUUCAAGUAAUAGAUGAUUUAUUAUUAGCAUUUGGUCUAAUUCCUAAACCAUUAGUUGAUAAGGAUAUCUUAGCAUUAGAGGACAACGCCGUGUUCGAAAACAUUCGAAAAGUUGUAGUUAAUAGUACGAUCAUAAAGUGUGAAAGUGUUAAUACAGUUUCUAACAUCUCACAGCUGUUAAAACUUUUAGCUGCGCUAAGCAAUUACACAACUGUUGUGUCACAAGAAGAGUUUAUUCAAAAGGUUCAAGAGUUGUUAGAAAAAAGAAAUGAAGACGAAAACUUUAAAACAAAUGCCAUUCGACUUUUGAAAGCCGAUGGAGUACGAAAUCUGAAAGAUUGGAGAAUGUGUUAUUUUCUCGAAGAAAACUGGAUCUCAAAAACGGCACACAUACCGUUUCUGUCGGAAAUAUUUAAUAUGAAGAUUUAUUCUAGUUCUAUGGUAAUACAUCCUACUAAUGGACGUUUGUUUGUUGCGCAAGACUUUCCUCACACAAAUCCACCAGUUCAGUCAGCUGUUUUCGUUGUACUGGCCAAGAAUAAUACUGAUAUAAUCGGCGUGAUUAAAACUAUCGAUUUAAACAUAAAUAGUUUGCAUAAUGAGCUAGAUAUUACUGGUACGAACCAGAAAAAAAUUGAAAUUCUUCAGCGAAUAGCAACCCAUCACCGCUUAAAUGCUGAAUAUUUUGAAAAGAUACAUCGUUUACAGGCACUGACACAUUGGCAUGAAGCUAAAAAAAGUUAUACUAAAAUUCUUGAACUGGAUUCAAAUAAUUUAGACGCAUCGCUAGGUUUUGGAAGAAGUCUUUGUAUGUUAAGUAAAUUGGAGAGAGCGGAAAAAUUUCUUCGCAGAACACUCACUAAACAUUCAGAUUCAGCUGAAGGCUGGUAUUUACUAGCUUUAACAAAACGUAGGCUUCAUCUGUAUGACAAAGCAAAUUAUUUUGUACAGAAAGCGCUUGAGAAUGAUCCGAGCAAUAGCGACGCAGGUAAUGAAUUAAAGAUUAUUAAUGCACUACAACUACAAAAGAUAUCAGAGCGUUUAGAAUUAUACAGCAAUAUGACGCUUAGCCACAAGGCAAUAUCGAUUAAUAGUUCUUCCGAUUAUAAUGUUUUGGCGAUUGAUGGCGGUGGCAUUAGAGGAAUCAUGCCAGCCCUGUGGCUAGCUGAACUUGAACGCCGUACAAAGCGCUCUAUAGCAUCGCUCUUCCAUAUGAUAGCUGGAGUUUCUACUGGAGCAAUUGUAGCCGCAGGUUUGUGCGCACCGAAUGAUGAGAAUCCAACAGAACCGCGAUACAAAGCAGUUGAUAUUGUUAAACUGUAUGCAUCUCGUUCGAACGAAAUUUUUCAACGAAGGCAAAGUUGGGUAUCUAACUAUUGGAAUCGGGUUUCACAAGAUGUAAAGUAUACUGAUAGUGGACGGCAGGAUUUAUUUUCUGGCUAUUUUGGAAACAUUCGUCUCUCUCAUGUGCUGACAGAAUUAGUAAUUCCAGCUGUUAAGAGCGAUAGUAGAGAAACAUAUCUUUUUAACAGACGCGACAGUCGUGAUAAUACUCAUCGUGAUCGUUUUCUACAUGAAGUUUUAAUGUGUACUACAGCAGCUCCAACCUAUUUCAAACCAUAUGUGCUUGGUGACUCAUAUUUUGUAGAUGGUGGAGUUCAAAUGAAUAAUCCAGCGGCUGCUGCGUAUAAAGAAUGUAUUCGCUAUGGAAUCGACAGUAAAAAUAUCUUUAUGCUUUCAUUAGGGACUGGUGACUUUGUUCCCGAUCCUUUACAUCCAGGCGCAAGCCGACACUUGUUGUUUUAUUUAAGCCAUCGUAAAGAAAUACUCAAUAUGAUUCUUGACGGCCCUCAGCAUAAUAUUGAUGUUCAGAUGGCGUCCCUUUUAGAGGAAAAAUACCAGCGUUGGCAAGUUUGGUUUGAUAAACCAAUUGAGCUAGAUAAUACUGAAAAGUCAUCGAUUGAAUGGCUGUUUGAGAGUGCACGUGCAUACUUUGAGGAAAUGGAUGCCUAUGAUAACGGAAAACGUUUGGGUCUGUUGCUAGACAGAUUGAAAGGCGAUAUGCAUUGA